ACACCUGGUGUGACCUCUACUUCAUUACUCACUUCCGAGUUCACGCUUAUGGCGAACAGACAGUACGCAGGUCACGUCACCAUGGGGAAUACUUACAAUCUGGAAUGAGCGCUUUGCAGACAUUAAGACGGCAACGCCCCAUCGACGGAGACAAACUUCUCGUACAGUAGAUAGGGUUUUUGAUGGUCUGGACUGAGGCUGUACUUACCAUUUACAUGAUUAGCGUAGCCGGGCAUGGGCCCAGCCACCAGUUUAGAAACGGUCUGGCUACGCGAGACUAUCUAGACAACCCACAACCAUUGGAAAAGGCGUGGCCCAAUCAGAGACGCGUUGUUAUGCAGGCUCUUGGAACUGACUUUAUCAGUGCAGGAGACAUCUGACGAUGAUGGCCCAGUGCCAUCUACCGCCGUCCGAGGAACGACAGCGAAGAGUUUUAGUGAAGGAGAGGGAUGAUACCGAGGAGGAUACGAUCGAAGGAGACGAGAAAACCACCACGCGUUCAACUUCCGGUGUUGCUGCAUUCUGCUACCGGAAGUUGCGGAAAUCUGAGAAGUCGCAUAUCAGGUGCCGCCAGCGGCCAAAGACAACGUGCGGAGCAGCGACGUCAACUCAACACACAGUUAGCAAGGACUGUGGAACUCGAUGCCGAGAACGGUUGGCGUAUGAUCCACCAUCCAACGUGCGUCUGGGAGUUUGACCAGCAGUCUGGGUCCAGGAAACAGUUCAGAGGCGAUAAAGGGGCUUUGCGGGAAGGGGUGUGGGAGUUGGUAGUCAGAAACACGAAUUUGUAUGCACUCAAUUAUUUAGACGCACUGACUAAGGAAGACCAUGCCAGACCAUGGACGGCCGUCACCAUUUCUGAGCUGACGACCUUUUUGGGUUGCCUCAUAUACAUGGAUAUACAGGAUUUACCUCGUCUCGAGAUGUAUUGGUCGAAGAAAGAGUUUUAUUUACAGUCCAACAUAGCAAGUGUCUUCACUUUGGUCAGAUUCGAACAAAUCUUACGGUUCCUGCAUGUUUCUGACCCUUACACCAAGAUUCAACACAGUCAGGAAGGAUAUGACAAGCUAGGGAAGGUUAGACCACUUAUUGAUGCCUUGAAGAAGUUGUUUCAAGCAGAAUACUCCUUGUCCCGACACAUUGCCAUUGACGAGGCAAUGAUUCCCUUAAAAGGUCAAAUCUCGUUCCAUCAGUAUAGCAAGUCGAAGCCGCACAAGUAUGGUAUAAAAGUAGUUGUCUUGUCAUCAUCACACAAUAGCUAUAUUUAUGACUUCAAUGUUUAUGUUGGGAAGGAGGCUAGUGAUGAUAAUUUGGUUGUUGCUGAUGAUGAUGUUCCUGGUUUGGCAGAUGAUGAUGGUGAUGACAGUAAUGAAGAUAAUGAUGGUGAUGUCCCUGCUGCUUCUAUUGGCAGCCAAAAAAGAGUUUGGGUUAUGUUAUCAGGCGGUGAUUGAUCUCGUGAGAAAUUGCCAGGUCUUGGGCAUGUUGUGUGUAUACUACAAUUUCUAGACAAGUGCUGAGCUUUAUCGAUGGCUGCUCGAUUGCCGAAUUUAUGCCUGUGGCACAUGUAAACCAAGUCGGACUGGUUUUCCGAAACAACUUGCUCUCAAGUUCCACUCUUCCAAAGCUCGAGUUGAGAAGGAAUAUCACCGGUGGUUUGCCGAGGCUGGCAUGGUUGCAUGUGUGUGGUUCGACAGGAGAUACGUUCACAUGUUGUCUAUGUUUCAUAUUGCGGAACUAGGAGAUGGAUCAUGGCCAGCCUGUGUGAGGAAAGAUGGUAGGAAGAAAGUGGAAGUUGUGUUCUUCGUUGUUAUCUGAUUGUAUCAAGAACAUGCAUGGUGUAGACCGCGGCGACCAAAUGAUUUCGCUAUACAAUGCUGGGCGCAAGAGGAUGGAAGGCGAUGCUGCAGUAUCUGUUAGAAUGUGCCACUCUAAAUGCUUUUAUCGUGGAAGGAGAGUUUGAUGAGAGACAAAGGGUGGUCAGAGGAGAGAUUAUUUAGCAUUAGAAAAGACCUAGUCUCUAAUAGAUGGCUUCAGUAGCCAAAAGGAAGUUCUGGCAUAGAACCUCUAAGUCAACCGCCAGAAUCCCUUUUCAGUACACUUUGCUUCAGUUUGUGCCACAGAAAAGGAAAUGUGUUCUUUGCAAUUGCACAAGAAGGGGGAACAACACCAUUCCCAUAUCCAGUGCACAUUUUGUGAGCGUCAUUUGUGUGUGGCUCGUGAUCAUAAUUGCUUCAAGGAAUUCCAUUCUACGGGGGAAUUGUAGGGUAUGUACUGAUUAUGGCAAAUGUUACACUACUAUGUGCUGUUGUGGUGUGUAUGAUUUAGGUGUGGUGUGAGAUGUCGUCUGGUGUGUGAUAUCAUAAUCGUUAGAAAUUUUGGGGCAGUAUGUGUUCCGACCUCCACGUGGUCUGCCCUGGGUAAUGCUAACAGGAGCAGAACGUCUAAGUAUAUGUUUUUGUGUUUGUGCAUGUCAUUUACAGCCAAUUAUAUUGAUCAUUGUGUUUGCCAUGUAAUAGUCUUAAUAAUAUUUUGACUUGUGCAUUAAUUAUUUUGCAUAAAAAUUUGAACUUGUUGCUAUGGAAACGAGAUACUAAUGAAAGAUUCAGAAUUCAUUACU